AUGGGAUGGGGAUGGUACACAAGAGGCAGAGGGAGGCCCUUGAUGCGGUCUGGAUGCUACGGAUGCUGCUGCUCGCCUGCUGCUUGCUACCCGUCUCGCCCAAAUCAAAAGCCAGGCAGGAUGGCGAUGACGAUGAUGAUGGUGGUGGUCGUCUGCUGCUGCUUCUUUUCUUCUUUUCUUCUUUCAUGGAUACGGGAUAUCAGUCUACGGAGACGGUAUCAGCAAGAAAAAUGGGCAAAAGAAGCAAAAACAGAGGGAGACGACGACGACGACGACGAAGACAGCAGCCAGCAGAAGCAGGAGAAGAACAGCAAGCAACCUCCACCUCAAGGCGAAAUCAACAGCAAAUCUGGAUCUCUUGGCGAUUCAGGGAUGCAUAACGCUGCUGAUUGGAUUCUUCCCCUCAAAAGGAUAUCUCGAAAGCAACAGCAGAAGACUCGGAAGAAGCAAGGAAAGCAGAGACAGAGAGACAGAGACGCCUGCUAUGCCAUGCCAUGCCCUGUCCUGUCCUGCCCUCCCCCUGCUCGGCGUCCCAUCCCUGUCCAGCGCUGUCCGGUCCUCAUUGGACCGAUGCAUGGGCCUUUGUGCACUGUGGAUUCCAGAAGGCUUCCAUGGGAUUUCCGCUUUUGGCCGUAG